AUGUUGGACCCAUUCACAGCGCUGAGUCUCGCCACCGCAGUCAUCCAAUUUGUGGAUUUCGGCUGCAAGAUCGUUGACACAGGUCGCUCUCUGUACAACUUAUCCGAGGGAGCAACAGGAGCGAACAAGACUCUGGAAGAUGUGACUUGCGAUCUCGCAGCACAUACCGAGAAGCUGGGCAAGUCUCUCGGUAUCAACUGCGUGUCCCUUUCCGAUCAAGACAAGGCUUUCGAGAAGCUCCGGGAAAAGUGUCACAAGCUUGUAAAAGAGCUCGAGAAGACGUUGAAUGAUCUGAAAGUCAAAGACAGCUGUCAUGGCAUUUUGCGUGGGUGGACUUCUCUCCGCAAGGCGUUCAAAGCCGUGUCGUCGGAGAGCAAGAUACGUGAGAUGGCGAAGCAGCUGGAGUCUUACCGGCAAGAAAUAGCAUUUCAUCUACUAGCCAUAUUACAAAGCGACCAGUCCACUAUAGCACAACAACUGACCGGACUCGAAGCAACGAUAACACGCUUGCAUCAGCUCAGCUUGCAUGAUAUUCAAAACACGAAGCGAGAUCUUCUCAUGGCCCUCGAAGAGCAUAAUAAGGAACAGAAACGUUUCAAGGACGAAUCGUUUCGCAAUCAGCUUCUCAUGCGCGACAUGAUGUUCCGCGAUGUCUCCCAGAAGAUAGACGAAAUGAUGGCUGCCAGCUCCCAACUGGCUACAAAGGCCGACAUGCUCGACAAGUUGUACUUCCCAGACAUGGGAGAGCGUCACGCCAGGAUCAAACCCGCGCACAUCAAGACUUUCUCCUGGAUUCUUGAUGACCACGAUACCAGUUUCAGAUCCUGGCUGGAGUUCCACUCUGAAGUCUUCUGGAUUCGAGGCAAAGCCGGCUCUGGUAAAUCGACGCUCAUGAAAUACAUUGCCGGAAAUGAAAAGGUCAAUCAGCUUUUGCGGAAAUGGGCUGGUUCGUCGAAGUUGAUCAAAGCGACGAACUAUCUCUGGAGUCCUGGCUCGGCCAUGCAAAAGUCGCUGGAGGGUCUGAUGCAGAGCCUGCUCUUUCAGAUCCUUAGCGAGAUUCCAGAUGCAAUUCCGCUUGCCUUACCAGAGAGAUGGCGAGCCACGAGCGGGUCAUACACAUACCGCCAACCUUGGACUAAGAAGGAGCUAAGCCAAGCCUUGAGGAUGGUGAUGGCGACCACUCAAGACGUGAAGUACUUCUUCUUCAUCGACGGCCUCGAUGAGUAUUGGGGAGACUUGGAAGAGAUCGCACAGGACGUUCGACCUACAGGCGGUGGACAACGUCCCAACGUCUCUUUGGAAGACGUUCACCCCCGCGCCAAAGCAGAUCAGCAAGCCUUGGUUGAGCUGAUUCAGGCGCUUGGGAGAUUUCCCAACGUGAAGCUCUGCGUCUCCAGUCGACCUGACCUCACUAAGGGGGACAUGAGCAAGUAUACCGAGUCGAUGCUCAUGAAUGAUGGACGCUUUGCGGCAUUGGCGAAGGGGGAUCCCAGAGCACGGCAGCUGGUUGUUGAGAUCAGGGACAAAGCACAGGGUGUCUUCCUUUGGGUCUGCCUGGUAGUUGCGUCCUUGUUACGAGGUCUCACAAAUCGCGAUGGUAUCGACGAACUCCGGGAGCGGGUCUUCUCCUUCCCUUCCGACUUGCGUGCAUUCUUCAACGACAUCCUCCACACCAUCGACGAGUCAUAUCGGACUAUGACCUGCAGAAUGCUGAAGUUGGCAAAGUACGACGCACCGCUGCCCUUGAUGGCGUUUUGGUGGUUGAAGUAUGAGCACGAUGACCCGUCCUACGCUGAGAUGGGCAAGAUGCAGGCUAUUGGAGACCUUGGCCCACAACUAGUUGUGGAUGCCACUCGCCAUGUCAACAAAUGGUGCCACGACUUGCUAGAGGUCCGACAGGUGCCUGGAAACCUUGCAGGAUCUCGAGAUGCCGCUGCUAAGAUAGACUUCCUGCAUCGUACGGUUCGCGACUUUCUCGUGGCCGAAGACGUUACUGGCUUCCUCGACAAGCAUGCCGGCAAGAAUUUCGAUGAACGACUAUCAAUGUGUCGUUUGCAGUUGGCAGAAGCCAAGACGCUACCUGGACCUGAUCGGAAGAACGGAGAAGCCUUCCAGCUCAUGGCAUUUGAGAUCAUGCGCCACGCGAAAGCCAUGGAAGUAAGUAAGAACGAAAGUCCUGUCGCCAUACUCCAUGAACUAGAUGCCACGGGUAAGCGUUACCACGGUCUUCCAAAGGUCUCUCAUUGGACGAACGAGCAGCCGGUUAACGCUUCUGGAUACGGCCCAGGUGACAUUCAACUGAACGCCCACCAAGGCCGCUCCAAUUUCUUGUCCUUUGCUGUAAGCCAGGAUCUGCUCCUCUUCGUCAAGCAGCAUCUCAAUGCCGACUCAUCUCUCAUCAAUAAGAUCGGUCGACCUUUGCUUGAUUAUGCUAUACAUCGUACAUUCAGCAAGCCGAACAGUAGAGACCAAGACGUACUCGUCGACAUGAUUCAGGUCCUUCUUCAGAAGGGAGCGAGUCCGAAUGCCCACGCUCAUCUCUGGGGUACGAUGUCCGUCUGGGAGGCUUUCCUGUACAACUGCUACCGCAUCUGGGAGGAACCGCAGACAAUAGGAUCACCGCAGGCAAUGAGAGCAGCGGAGCUCUUGCUCGAGUAUGGUGCUCAAACUAACAGCGUCGUUGUCGAGUCACGAUCGCUACAGGGCGAGAUAGUGUCUGCCUCUGCGGAGGAAUGCCUGACGCGAAGUUUUGGUGUCAAUCAAGCUGAGGAAAUCCUGGACCACUACAAGCCUUUGAGGACCACGAUGUGGUCAAGAUGGAUCCCUUUAUGGAAGAGUACUUGA